AUGAGUAAGAGUGGUGGGAGUUAGAGCAGCACCUCUGUUGCUGGUGAAGCCUGUGGAGGCAAUGGUCAACCCUUUGGGGGAGACACAACUCUUGCUAAGCUCCGAAGACCCAAGGCUCUAAUCAAGGAAUUUAUGCCCUGUUCUAUAAACCAGCUGCUCACUUCUACUCUGGUUGACAAUGUCUUUAAGAUCAGGGGAAUUGAGAUUUCCCAAAUCUCUACUGUAGGGAUAAUUAAUCAGGUAGAGAGAGCUCCAUACUAUAGUCUGUACAAAAUUGAUGAUACGACUUAAAAGGCUAUUCGUGUGGUGCAGUGGCUUGGUAGAGAUAAAGCAAAGCAGCCAACGACCUCGCUUCCUGUUGGGGUAUAUGUCAAAUUGUUUGGUAUCCUCAAAUGUGCUGCUGAGAGCAAGAGCCUUGAGGUAUUGAAAAUCCGAGUCCUGGAAGAUAUGAACAAGUUAACUGUACAUAUUUUAGAGACAGUCAGUGCACACAUGAUGCUUGAUAAAGCCCGCUGAGCAACCACUUGGAAAAAUGUGCCUGCACCCUACCCCAUCAAGAAUGGUUAACAUGUCGACACGGUUGAUGAAGGCGAGCAUCAUCUUAAAUUUAUUUGGAAGGAGGUGCUACGGUUGAUUCACAAGUGUCCUCGACUUGAAGGAAAGAACAUUCAGGAGCUCCAGACAGAGCUUCCCAGCAUGAGCAUAGGAGCCAUCAAGGAAGUGAUUGAGUAUUUGACCAUAGAGGGCCAUGUCUAUUCCACUGUGGAUAAGGAACACUUUAAAUCUGCUGAUUGA